UGCAAUGAUAAAGCAAGUCAGUAGAUGGCGCCACAGCACUGAUUAAGAACACGGAACACCUCAAACCAUCGUCGUAUGUUGCUGAGGGACCCAUUACAGGGACGUACCGAGUUGUCGUCAACACCAACAACUAACGCAUGACAAUAAUUAAAGCUGACAUGCAACGAUAGAAGGACAACUACAGCGGCUAUCGGACUGCCUCCUACAUCUCCAUACAGUGCGAUACAUUCUUUUCUCUGAGUGAUAACCGGCACUAGUCAAGCAUGAAUGUGAACCAGGGGACGGUCGGCAGUGACCCGGUUAUUCUGGCUACAGCUGGAUACGACCAUACUGUCCGCUUCUGGCAGGCCCACAGCGGGAUCUGCACCAGGACAGUCCAGCACCAGGACUCACAAGUAAAUUCACUUGAGGUCACACCUGACAGGAGUAUGAUUGCGGCUGCAGGUUAUCAGCACAUCCGCAUGUACGACCUAAACUCCAACAACCCAAACCCCGUGAUCAACUACGAUGGAGUUAGCAAGAAUAUCACUUCUGUGGGCUUUCAUGAAGAUGGACGCUGGAUGUACACAGGAGGAGAGGACUGCAUGGCUCGCAUUUGGGACCUGAGGUCAAGAAAUCUGCAGUGUCAGAGGAUUUUCCAAGUCAAUGCUCCAAUCAACUGUGUCUGCCUGCAUCCUAACCAGGCAGAGCUGAUUGUUGGAGACCAGAGUGGAGUGAUUCAUAUCUGGGAUCUGAAGACUGACCACAAUGAACAGCUGAUUCCCGAGCCCGAGGUCUCAAUCAACUCCGUUCACAUUGACCCAGAUGCCAGUUACAUGGCAGCGGUCAACAGCUCGGGAAACUGUUAUGUGUGGAACCUCGCUGGAGGCAUCGGAGAUGAAGUGACUCAGCUCAUUCCCAAAACUAAGAUCCCUGCACACAAACGCUACUCCCUCCGCUGCAAGUUCAGCCCUGAUUCAACACUAUUGGCCACCUGCUCAGCGGAUCAGACCUGUAAGAUCUGGAGAACGUCCAAUUUCUCACUUAUGACUGAACUGAGCAUCAAGAGUAACAAUCCUGGAGAGACGUCGAGAGGCUGGAUGUGGGACUGUGCCUUCUCUGGAGACUCCCAGUAUAUUGUGACAGCGUCCUCCGACAACCUGGCUCGCCUGUGGUGUGUGGAAACCGGGGAGAUCAAGAGGGAAUACAGUGGCCACCAGAAGGCCGUGGUGUGUCUGGCCUUCAAUGACAGUGUGCUGGGCUGAGGAGGAGGAGGAGGAGGAGGAAGAGGAAGGAGAUGAAGUGACAUUAGGUGGCAGACUGUCGCUGCAGGGGUGGCACAAGGACUCUUUGGAAGAUGGGACUCAAUUCCCAGGUGUAUGUCUGUCGGCAUCAAUGGGAAUAUUUAAACGUUUUCACUGAAAUUAUCAUCUUGAAAAAGCGGAGGCUUGUGUUUGAACAUAACAAUGGUUCAUCCUGCCAGAUGCCUGUAAGUAUUCAACUAUAGAAAUGUGUAAUUCAUUUGAUACUCUUCAUUAAAAGUUAAGUUGUAAGGUGCUCUGCUCUUAAUGAUUCCAUGUGGAUUAGCAAGCAUUGAGAGUAAAUGAUGAUUGAGUGUACAGAAAAUGACUCCACAGUAAAGACAAGUCCUUACUCUCUUUGAGUUCGGUCAGUCUCCUUCCUUUUAUUCACUCUAAUGAAGAAAAAUUGGCCAAAAAUA